AUGAGCACGGCGGCUUUACAGUCUUCGACGUCGUCGAUCAGCCUUCCGCCGAUCAGCAGCAUCGAUUUCCACGCGCAUAUGGCACAUCGAUCAGAACCAGAAGUUGUGCAACCUUUACCACCCCCACCACCGUCACAACAGCGUGUGCUACCACCGUUGCCAUACCCUUAUGCAGCUCGACCAGGGCCGCCGCCAGUGCCGCCGCCGCCCAUGCCUCACGAGUACAUGCAAGCACGACCGAUGUAUCCGGGGAUGCCUUCACCGUACCAGCCCAUGCCGGGAAGGAUGGCCCUGCCGUCAACCACCGACCCUAGUCUGAUCGUUGCGCCGCCCCGUCACAAAGCCAAAGAGGUGAAGAGACGGACGAAAACCGGCUGUUUGACGUGCCGAAAACGGCGCAUUAAGGUGAGU